GCGAAGUAGAGGCGACAUGUUGCCACCGGAAAUAGACCUAAACAAAAACGGAAGUAGCGAAAGAUAACCUCGCUAAUAUUUCGAGCUGUGCCGAAGCACUUUGAGGCAAUCUGUUGGCAUUAAACUCGCUCAUUGUCGUCACAACGACGCCGAAACAUGGACAGAUAGUGUUUGUUUUAUUGGAUUUACGGAGGUGGUCCCUGCGAACGGUAAUCUAUCACAUCUGUGCCCGUCUCGGACUGUCACUCAGGACUCACACAGACGGACAGUUUUGCUCACAGUUAAAACACCAGAGUCCCUCCGCUUUCCCCAUGGCCACCAGCAUGGCUAACAGCACCGGGACAGCAGUAAAGGUCGUUGGGACCCCUGGCCCUGCUGGAAGAACGAGUCCGGAAGGAUCUCAGGUGCUCAGUAAGAAGAAGCUGCAGGACCUGGUGAGGGAGAUCGAUCCGAAUGAGCAGCUGGAUGAGGAUGUUGAGGAGAUGCUGCUGCAGAUUGCAGAUGACUUUAUAGAGAGUGUAGUGACAGCGGCCUGUCAGCUGGCUCGCCAUCGCAAGUCCAACACCUUGGAGGUGAAGGAUGUUCAAUUACAUCUUGAGCGCCAGUGGAACAUGUGGAUUCCUGGUUACGGCUCCGAUGAGAUCCGGCCGUUUAAGAAGGCUUGCACCACAGAGGCUCACAAACAGAGAAUGGCGCUGAUCCGCAAGACAACCAAAAAAUAGCAAGACUAAUGUUGUACCCACUCUGUGUAUUGUCUUUUGGGAUUGUUUUCAGUUGGGAUUUUUUGGACUAAUGAGAGAGAGAGAGAGAGAUGGUUUUAGUGUUUAGUUUUUCAUUAGAUUCUCAUUGUCACGUCUCCCUAACAUUUGAGUGGUUUGCCAGCACCAUCGCACAAUAAUGUAAUUCUUGUCUGAUUCUGUUUUGUUGCCAUUAAAUUAAGUCUGGCAGAAUUCUAUUCAUUGCAUUUUUAUCAAUAAACAUUUACUGGAAUACUUGUUUGGAUGAUGAUGUUGCUGCAUCUGGUUUGCCUUUUGGUACUCUAGAGCAUUUAGAAGUGAAGGUAAAAGUUAUGUUUGGUGUUCUCUUACCAAUAAUGGAUAAUAACCUUUGAGUAUGUAAGAGAUCAUAGCUCUCCUGUUUACUCACUCCACUCGUGCUACGCUAUUUAUCAGGUUAUUUUGUUAAGAGGGUCUAUAAUACCAAAUUCCUACUGCAAAUGGUGGCUACAACACACAGUCAAUUCUGUGCUUCUGUUAUUAGACAUGUUUAUGCUGUUGUCUAUUGUUACUGAUUGUAGUAGGUUUAUUACAUUAACAUCUAUUUUAACCAUC